AUGAGCUGGACAGCGUUGUCGGGUGGUUCGGUGGGUAGCCAUAACAAGGAAGACGGCGCAGUCCUCCGGAACGGUAUCUGGAUCGCGCACAAGCAAAGUGAGGCCGAAUUCUGCCUUGGCUUCCUUAGCGAGACGAAUUGGCGUAUUCCUAUCGUGUAUUCUUUUGGGGAAUCGGAGGAAUUAGAGACAGUGGGCGAUGUCAGGAGGGACGAAGACGAAGCAGGGAUGAAGCAGGCGCAAGGGAUAGUUUCUGGAAAUAACGUUGGGUGCGGGUUUGAAUCAAGAGUGGGUUCCAGAUCCGAUCUAGUAGAAGGUCCAAGUGGAGAGGACGAUGAGAUUGAUGGUGAUUCAGGCGCUUCGAGUGGCCAAGGCGUUGACGAGGAUGACGGGACGCCAGGAAAUGUCAACAGCGUUGAACUGUCUGGUCACCCAUCAGAUUUGUCUAGCUCAUUGAUACUUGGAAGUUGUGCAUUUGAAAUGAGAGAAUGCGAGGAGAUGGAUGAGGUUGAUGCAGAUGCGGAUGAUGAUCCAAAUGAUGCAAAAGCGCUAGUGAAGCGGGACGCGGUGUUCGAUGUUGAUGAUGAUGAUGAGGAAGAUGUCGACGAAGAGGAAUGA